AUGCGUCUCACAAUCAUCGCGCCUGAGAGCGUCUACGAACACGAAGUGGAUCCUUCAAUGGAAGUGCGCGACGUUAAAGCUCUCAUUGAGGCCGAAACUGGAGCUUCUGUGUCAUCCCAGACUCUGUCAACCGAUUCUGGAGUUGCCCUGAUUACGGAGGACAAGACUCUGUCUAGCUACGGGCUGACAGGAACUGGUGCGACUCUGUUCUUGACGUUUAGGGAUCCGCGCCCUGUGCCGUCGUCUUCGCAACAACCAAGUGAUGGAGUAUCCUUGUCCAGUGAUGCCGAUUUUGAAAGGAUGCGUCUUCAAGCUCUCGGUGACCCAAACCUCAUGAAUCAACUGCGUCAAGCCAACCCAGAGUUUGCUGCUGCCAUCCAAACUGGUGGUUCAAGAUUCCGGGAUUUACUGUUGAAUGCCGACCCGUAUGACAUUGAGGCUCAGAAGAAGAUUGAGGAAGCUAUCCGAAUGGAGGCUGUUCUCGAGAACAUGCAGCACGCCAUGGAGUUCUCUCCAGAGUCGUUUGGUCACGUCACCAUGCUGUACAUCAACGUCGAAGUUAAUGGUCACCCCGUCAAAGCUUUUGUCGACUCUGGUGCCCAAACUACGAUCAUUUCGCCAGAGUGUGCAGAGUCAUGUGGUAUCAUGCGCCUCAUCGACAAGCGGUUUGCUGGUGUGGCACAGGGAGUCGGCACCGCGAAGAUUCUCGGCCGUAUUCAUUCUGCCCAGAUCAAGUUGGACAAGCUCUUCCUGCCGGUUGCUUUCUCUGUUCUCGAGGGACAAUCAGUGGAUCUAUUGUUCGGCCUGGACAUGCUCAAGCGCCACCAGGCCUGCAUCGACCUCUCGACCAACACUCUGCGUAUCGGCGCAACUGAGAUCCCGUUCUUGUCCGAGCAUCAACUCCCUAUCAAGGACCGUGCACCACCACAUGACUCCGCUGGAGAAGCUAGUGCUUCGACUGCCCCUGUCGCGUCGUCGUCGACUGCUGGGCCAUCCACAUCAAGGUCCACUGCUCAGACACCGGCACCAGACAAUUCUCAACGGUCUCGUGAUAUUGAUACUCUCGUUGGCCUUGGAGCGACACGCGAUCAUGCUGCUCAACUGCUCGAAGCAGCUGGAGGAAAUGUUGAUGUGGCAGCUUCCAUGCUUUUCGGCUAG